UCUGCUAAUAAAUCGUAUCCUUCAGCGAGAUGAUGUGGAGUCCUGCACCUCCACGCUGCAUCACGUGAUCACGCGGGGGUACGAGAGAGAAAGAGAGAGAGAGAGCGAGAAAGAGAGAGAGAAAGAGAGAGAGAGAGAGAGAGAGAGGCUGGUGUCUUCCCAUCCGCAGACGCACGGUGAUCGUCGAUAGGAUGCCAUUACACAAACCCAACGGCCGAGCUCCUGCGUGGAUUACCUUCAAACCGGAAGGCAUCUGUUGAUGGUCGAUGGGAGAGAUCAUUAGAUCACGUGGGGCGCGUGAUGGAGACGCACGACGAUGAAGAAGAAGCCAUGAAGACACGCGGGACUCCCGCCAAGGAUGCCGUCACACGCCACGACUCGUUCCCGCCCUCGGCCCGGACUCGGAACUUCUCUGUGAUCCACGCGUGGGAGAUUUGAGCGCGUGUGCGCGUGUCCAUGGUGCUGACCCCGGGGCUCCAGGGAUGGUGGAGACGCUGAGUAUCGCCGUCAUCGGGGCUCCCGGAGUGGGCAAAACUUGUAUAAUCCGCCAGUUCAUCUACAACGACUUCUCGGAGGUCUACACGCCGACCCGCAGCAGAUAUGUGUACCGACCCUCCGUCAUUCUCAACGGCAGCAUGUACGAGCUGAAGGUGCUGGACGUCCCGCCGAUAUCGUCCUUCCCGUCCAGCUCCAGUCAGGAGUGGCUGGAUUUGCGUUGCAGAGGCGUCCGCAACGCCAACGCCUACAUCCUGGUGUACGACAUCUGCUGCGUGGAGAGCUUUGAAUACGUAAAGAUGAUUAGGCAGCAGAUAGUAGAACACAGGGAAGGCAGCAGCAGCGAAGUGCCCAUCCUGGUGGUGGGCAACAAACGGGAUCUGCAGCGCCAGCGCUUCAUGCCUCGCAGGGCCGUGUCGGUCCUGGUCAAGAAGACCUGGAAGUGCGGCUACGUGGAAUGCUCGGCCAAGUACAACUGGCACGUGGUCCUGCUCUUCAAAGAGCUGCUGGGCAUCGCCGUGGCUCGGGGCCUGCGACAGAAUCACACCUCUAUCCGUCUGCAGGGGGCGCUGCAGAGGAACCGCUGCACGGUCAUGUAACCCUGGGCCGGUGGGGAGGGGCAAAGGACUUCUUCUUGAUCUAAAUGGCUGGAAACAAAAUACCCCGUGGCCUCCUGCUUUACUGAGCUUGAUUUUUUUUUCAUAACGAGAUUUAUCUCGAGCUGCGCUGUACACGAUGUCCCUCACGACCACUAGCCGGUCCUGGCGUUGCAUCAAGGAACCGACUGGAGGGGAAGCAGUUUUUGUGUGAGACUCAAAACGGCGAGGCAGCAAUAUUUGUUGAGUCUUCCUUUGGAUUGCGUCCUAUCCAGCGAGGAGACAACGGAACAAAAAAGAGAUCAUUGCAAGUUGACGUUUGUAUAUCUAGGUCCUUUAUUUUCUUUCCUGUCCAUACUGCCCCCAUGAAGAGGUUUCUUUUUAGACCAGGGCUGUUCAACUAAAUCGUUCUAACGGCCACUUUUUCAAAAAGCUAAAGACCUGAUUUCUCCCGUCACUAUUUUGAGAACCAGCAUUCUCUGCAGUGGACAUUUGUUUUUGUGAGCGUUACAAAUUUCGGAAGAAAACAAAAAAAAAGUCCACUGCAGUGGACACUCCGUCUCUUCAGGAUGCGCCGUUUUGUGGACGGUCUUAUUUACAUGUCUCCUCUUUGACAGCGUCUUCUCCCUGUCAUCUGUGUUGUACCGGUGAUUUUUAGCGCUUCCAUGGUCAGUGUAAUGACAGAUAUAAGUCAGAACUGUACACUAUUUUAUAUUACAAAUGGCAAUUAGUGCCCCACAACAAGAGGAUAGAGAAAAAGAAGGAGCUCAUUGACAACGUUGUCAGCACAGACUACAAUGGCGGAAGUGCGCAAACUUUUGGGACUUGUGCAGAUCCCAAAUACACUUAAGCAGGCACCAUUAAGUAAAAAAGUUGGUUUUGCAUAAUAAGCCGAGACAAAACGGCAGAUAAUGCCUUCUAAUAGGUGCCAUUUCGGGGUCCUUAUACACGCUCAAUAACAAAACCCGUAUGUUGAAUCACAGUGCGCCUGACUACGGUAGUCGUAAUGCUCUAACAAUCCAUCAGCUUACCAAAGUUGUGGUAAAACAUUUUGACAAAUUGUUGAGCGCCGUGUGUAAUGUUCUAUAUUCUCAAUGAAACGUCAAAGUUUUGGUCUUGCUUGUGUACGGGUUCUUGUGCGUGUCAUUUAUUGAACAGACGUCAACCUGCUAUCCACAUGUAUCUCCUAUGUGUGACUGCCAUCUACUGGUCACAGUUGUCAUUACACCAUGUACCAAAUAAAAUUGCUUCGAGGUCGGUAGGCACAACCAGAAUAUUUAGGGCACCAUGUUAUGAGGUGCACUGUCGAUUUCUGAGAAAAUUAAAUUAUUUUUUUAGUGUGCCUUAUAGUCCGAAAAAUACGGUACUUAAAUUCUGACAGAAAAAAAAUCUAAUGCAUGCAAAUGCAGUUUUUAACUCAAUAUUAUUUGAUACAACAAGCAAUUUCAUGCUUUAUUAAUUUGUCAUCGAAACCCUUUUCAAAUUAUAUUUCUACACUAGCUAAACUAUCGGCUCACUUUCCUCUCCAAUUCCAAAGCAAGUAUUCCAUCAGUUUGUUGGUACAUAAUGAAAAUAAUAAUCAAAUCAAACGGCAAUUUUGUAAGAAAAAAUCAGCGCCUCCAGGAUUUUGCACGCUUCUUUGUGAACGGCAUGACCUAAAAUGUCAUAUUUUGCUGCAGUUCUAAAAAUUCCAGGCAUUAGGCUAAAAUUACUUUUUUUUUUUCUCCGUCAGAAUUUAAUUACCGUAUUUUUCGGACUACAAGGCACACUUGAAAAUCAUUUGAUUUCCUCAAAAAUUAGGUGCACUGUCAAUUUUUGAGAAAAACAAAAUAAUUUUUAAGUGUGCCUUAUAGUUCGAAAAAUACGGUACUUAAAUUCUGACAGAAAAAAUGUAAUGCAUGCAAAUGCAGUUCUUAACUCAAUAUUAUUUGAUACAACAAGCAAUUUCAAGCUUUAUUAAUUUGUUAUUGAAACCCUUUUCAAAUCAAAUUCUACACUAGCUAAACUAAAAUAUCUGCUCACUUUCCUUUCUAAUUCCAAAGCAAGUUUUCCAUCAGUUUGUUGGUACAUAAUAAUAAUCAAAUCUAAGGGCAAUUUUGUAAGAAAAAAUCAGCCCCUCCAGGAUUUUGCGCGCUUCUUUGUGAACGGCGUGACCUAAAAUGCCAUAUUUUGCUGCAUUUCUAAAAAUUGCAGGGAUUAGGCUAAAAUUACUCAUUUUUUUUCUCCGUCAGAAUUUAAUUACCGUAUUUUUCGGACUACAAGGCACACUUGAAAAUCAUUUGAUUUCCUCAAAAAUGAGGUGCACUGUCAUUUUUUUAGAAAUACUAAAUUAUUUUUAAGUGUGCCUUAUAGUCCGAAAAAUAUGGUACUUAAAUUCUGACGGGAAAAAAAAUUUAAUGCACGCAAAUGCAGUUCUUAACUCAAUAUUAUUUGAUACAACAAGCAAUUUCAAGUUUCAUUUAUUUGUCAUUGAAACCCUUUUCAAAUUAUAUUCUACACUAGCUAAACUAAAAUAUCUGCUCACUUUCCACUCCAAUUCCAAAGCAAGUCUUCCAUCAGUUUGUUGGUACAUAAUAAUAAUCAAAUCUAAGGGCAAUUUUGUAAGAAAAAAUCAGCCCCUGCAGGAUUUUGCACACUUCUUUGUGAACGGCAUGACUUAAAAUGCCAUAUUUUGCUGCAGUUCUAAAAAGUGCAGUGAUUAGGCUAAAAUGCGAGGCCAAGCAAUAAUUUGCUGGUAUUGGUUGAAUUGCCGUGAAUUGGCACAAUCGCAAUAUUGCAUAAUCCUGGUGGGACUGGGUGGUAUGAAGCGCCCCCCUAAGUGCUUACGUGACUGCGAUGUGGCCCAUGAUGAAAAUAAAAAUGAAAUGAGUUUGACAGCCCUGAGGAGGUUAAAAUGUCUAAAUGCCAAUAUGCUUGUAAUGAUCUAACUUCCUCUAUACAGGACACGCUGGUGUUUUUAUUAUAUCUAGGUAUGUUCCGAUCAGGGAUUCAAGCUGCCGAUUUCGAUCAAUGCAUUAGAUCGACUGAUACCGAUCAGAUGUAUUAACUGUAAUUUUUCCCAAUUUAGUCAUGGUAAGUGCUACUGAUAGUCUAACAAUAUCAGCACAAUAUUCAAACGAGUUCCAUUAUAUAAAGGCCGGCGUGGCUCAGAUGGUAGAGCAGCUGUCCAGCACCUUAAGGGUUCCUGGUGCGAAUCCGGCUUCCGUCAAUUCAGCGACCUUGUCUCUCAUUGUUUGAAUGUGAAUGAAUGUCAGACUCCUCCAGGGCAGCUGUGGCUACAAAUGUAGCUUACCACCAUCAAAGUGUGAAUGAAGUGAUGGGUUCUCAGUUGUCACUGUAAAGCGCUUUGUCUAGAAAAGCUAUGUAUAAAUCCAUUACUAUUAUUCUCUUUUAUUACAUACAAUUGUUUGAGCAAAACAAAGUCACUUUUACACAACCACUAAACCUACCGUACUAGCUACUAAUCACUUAAAUCAGCUAUGUCCUUCAAGUCCUACUGUGUCCAGGGACUUACUUAGUUACAUUUGUAAACAUUACCAAAAUCAUUUAAAAAACAUUAUUUUGAUCAAAUAAAAUAAAUAUCGAUGAUAUACUUAUAUUACCCUUUGUGUCAAUACCACCCAUUUAUGAUCAAUCCGCUCUCUACUUAUAUGUACUGACUGUGACAAUACUGACACAGCAACAGUUUUCGUAUUAUCCUCUCUCUAGAGUCAUAUUAAUCUACUUGUUUCCUGUUAAUAAGUGUUUACUUUCUACUUCUUAAACUUAGUGCUUAUUUCUUCUGUUGUUUCUAGCUAGCUUAGCGGCUAAUUUAGCGCUUAGCUUAGCUAUCAGCAUGCCUGCUCCUGGCUUGCUGACGGUGUGUACAUAACAUAUGAAGAAAAUCUGUUUGUUUGCCGUAAUGGCGGUGGUUUUCAUUAACUUAGGGGAGCGGCUCCACACUGUGGAUGGAGAUACAUAAUUAUCUGCUCGCGACUUGUCGGCUCGGGGGACUAAAAAUAAAUGAAAUUUUAGCCAGAGGGGAUUGGCGUUUGCGAUCUGGUAUCAAUGGCAAUCAUGUACGUUCUCGGCCGAUUGAUCGGCACAUCACUGUUUUGUUUUUCUUUUGCUGAAUUUUUGGAUUGAACUCGGGAGAGUUAGGGUUUGUCUCAAGAAUAUUGGUUUUAGGUCAGAGUGACCUGAUAGCAUUCCUGGACCAGAUUUGAACCUCCCUGUGGCCUGUUGAAUAGCCCUGGUUUAGGCUAAAAGUGUCGUAUAGUUGUCUCACAGCGUAAAAACGCUGCUGCAGUCCCUUAUCAUGAUGUACUUGUAGGGCCAGCACACCCCAACCCACCCCUUUUUAUUACACACACCCCACACACACACACACACACACACCCUCAGUGGCGGGUGAAUACAAUAACGCAAGGGAGGCUGCAGAACCUGAAAUGAGGCGCUGCAUGCGGGUUUUGUACAACAUGUGUGUGUGUGUGUGUGUGUGUGUGUGUGUGUGUGUGUGUGUGUGUGUGUGUGUGUGUGUGUGUGUGUGCGUGUGUGUGUGUGUGUGUGUGUGUGUGUGUGUGUGUGUGUGUGAGUGAGUGUGUGUUCUUGUAUUUCCACCCUUCUUGAGACAUCAACAAGGAAAAGUGCCUUCCAUAUGAGGACCGGUGAUCAAGUUAGGAAAACGGAAAACCAUUGCAUCUAAUAGAGAGCCAAAUAUUAGUCUGUGAACAUUGCUCCAAAGUCAGGAUUUUUUUGUUGAUUUAGUGUGCAUACAAAAGUAAACAUUGACGGGUGCAAAGGCAGCAAUAUAUGAUAAAACAAGACAGCAGCUAAAGAAGGACUUCCAUAUUCAUUCCAGAAAAAAACCCACCAGGUGAACAGCUGAUUUUACGACUUCCGGUGCUGACGUAAAACAAACCUCAUCUCAUAUGUGACCAUAGGAUGAACAAAUGCAAAUACACUACAGCACUAAGACUAUUGUGGCCAUUAACAGUUACUUCUACAGCUGGGUUGCCCAGAGUGCGGUACAGGGGCCAUCUGUGGUCCGUGACUUGUUUGUCAUCGGCCUUAAUACAUUACAAAAAACAAAAAUAUAGAGAUCUCAAUUGCACCCCUGGUGGUGAAAUCUAUCAAAAUGAUGAUAGUCCCAAAAACGAAGGAUUUUUCAAAUUGACAGUGUGUCAGUUUUAAAAGUGCUCCCCCUCUGGUCAACAUAUGAAAUAACAAGUGUGUUUAAAUUUUUUUAAGUGCUAUCCUUUGGCCAACAUAUGAAAUAACAAGUGUGUGUAAGAAAUUGAAAUAUGCCCCCCUUGGCCAAAAUAAAUUAAAAAAAUGUUUUAAAAUAUAUGUAUAUAGAGACAUACUGUAAUAACUUUAAGAAAAUAAUGACGUUUAAAAAACUGUUACAAACAAAAAAAAUCUUAAUAAUUGACUAAAAGCAGUCUUUUUUUCAUAAUGUGUCGACUUUUUUCUUAUAAAAUUGGGAAAAUUUUCUCACAUCAUUUCUGUUUCUGUAAUUUUGCAAUAUUUUCUCGUAAAACUAUUAGUUUUUAAUGCAAAACGGUGACAUUUGUCAUGUAAAAUUCUGACUUUUAUCACAAUAUUGCCAAGUUUUUGGUUGCCAUUUUUUUGAGAAAAAUUAUAACUUAUGUCACAAUUUUGCCAAAAUUAUUAUUAUAAUAUUUGAACAUUGUCUUAUAAAAUUAAAGAUAAAGUUAAAGUACCAAUUUUUGUAGAGUAAAAUUAUGACUCUUUUCAUUAAAUUGCCAAGAUUUUAAGCUUUUCUCGUAAAUUUGCGACUGUCAUUGAGUAAAAUUCCAAUUUGUAUCAUAAUAUCGCACAAAUGUUCCAUUUUUCUUGUAAAAUUUUGAGUUGCGUUAAGUAAAAGGACGACUUUUAUUACAAGACUAGAGGUAGCCAUUUUUCGGAGGUCUCAAGAAGGUGACAAAUACAAGAGUGUGUGUGUGUGUGUGUGUGUGUGUGUGUGUGUGUGUGUUUGUGUGUAUGUGUGUGUGUGUGUGUGUGUGAAGAAGACAGAGGCAGGCUUGAUCACUGACAUUCAAACAGAGGACAGAAAGAGCAAAAUGAGGGACAGAUGUUUGAAGGAGCAAUAAUUCCCCCAGAGGUGCCGAGCCACCGCUGGUUUAUGAUAAAAAUGCCACCAUAACACCCAAAUCCAGUCAUUCCCACUUUAAAAUGCUGCAGCAGACUUCAACCAAACAAACCCGCACGUGUGCUGCAGACACACAGAACCUUAAUAAAGCUUUUCUGAGCAGGAUCACAGAGGUCAUCAUGUGAGAUCUACGGCCGCACUCAAUCGACGACUCGAGAGGGAUUUAUAGGAUAAUUACCUUGCAUGCUAUGGUUGGUACUAGCUCCAACAGGUCAGGUUUUAAUUGCACUGAUGUGAAAAUGUGAUAUUGUGACUGUUUUGUAACACGUGCUUUGAGUGAAUGUGGUGGUUUUACACUGGCAUGUGAGGAGCACAAGCUUCAAGAUGUAGUGUUCACCCUUCUAGAUGACAUCUAGAUGGCUGUUUUAGUAGUUUUGGUUUUCUAUAGCUAUAUAAAUAGUAAAAAAUAAGAUGUAGCAGCAACCCAGUGUAGCAUGAUCAGAUUGUCUGUUUCCAAAUAAAAAGGGCUACAUUUUUUUUUUUGUAUCAGACUUGUAUUUCUUUUUCUGUUCUAGUAUUGUAUUGUUUUGAAAUGUGAUGGAUUAAAUGCAUUUGGGAACAAUAACCUUACUUUGACUUCUCAUUGCCUCUCAUUUGUUAUGACAAUACUGCCAUCUAGUGGUAGAGCAACGUUAUUAGUGGGUCCUAAUUGGAUUUGGAAUUUAUUCGUGCUCUUUGUUAUAUUACUCGAUUUUUAGCACAGAUCAUUAAUUUUAGUAGGUAGUGUGCAAACUGGUGUAAAUUCUCUUUUUGAGUGAUUA